AGCUAUUCAGCUUCACUACACAGCACCGCCAGUUGGCAGUUUGGAUUGAACGUUCGCGUAGUUCGCUUCUCGUCAUACGGAUUGCCUUUGGUAAAGUUGAAUGCGUUUCUUUGCUUCAGAGGAAAUUGUCAUUUUUCAUGCCAGAGUUUAUCGAGAGUGGAUUGAAAAAGAAGUAGAAAAUUUCGCAAAAUUUUCAUUUUUUAGUUUGAGUGAUCAUUAUCAUUACUUUCGUGAUUGAUUAGGUGGCAGCCGUGCGAAUUGUGGUAGUGAUUAGUGAAGUUUCAAGUUUAACGUCGAGGGAUCCGGUGUUGCGGUGAUUAUACAGGGGAACAUUGUGUUUGGGAAACAAGACAAAAUCAGUUCGAAGUCAAUAUUUUUUAUUAUAGAAAGUGAGUUUUUUGUUUUUAUAUGGAAUUCAGGGACUAAAAGUCACUAAAUUACAAUUUUUUCUCUUCGCAAUCGCAUCCAAUCUAAUCGAGUUGCUGUGCUUUUCUCCACAUUGCUGGUUACUGGCGUCCGUUGGUGAAGAUUACGCGUAUUUUUUCUUCUCUACUACACACUCCAACGGCAGUCGGUGGCAUCAUCAGCAGAGCAACCCAGUCAGUAGUGGUCAUCGGUUGAGUAGUUGAUGUGCCGAAAUUGGUUCGAAGAGGAAGAAAGAAAAACGAUUCGAGCGUUAAAAAAAGAUUUCCUUCCACUCCGUGCCGUGCCGGACUACUCCUUGUCAGGGCGGGCAGCAGUAGUAGUCAUAGUGGUGUUAUUGAGUGAGCCGACAGUAGCAAAAGUGGUGGAAAAUUGCAAACGAAAGUGACCUCAGCCAAGGGGGAGGGGGGACGAGACGAAUAUAAGUGGAACAGUGCAAGCCAGGAGCGGGAGCGAAAAUUCAGUGAAAAGUGCAAGUAUCAAUAAAUCGCAGAGUGCGACGGUUUCCGAUCUAAGCGAAGCCAACUUGGCAGAACGGUGUGGGAAAAUGUCUUCCUCGCCCAUGCUGACCAGCUACACCCUGCGCAUCCGUAGUGACACCAGUCCGGUUACGGCCACGGCGACCAUUUCGUCCGGUACCGGUAAUUGCACCGGUAUGCUCAAGAAGCUGAAUCUUAACGAUAAUUCAUCAGCUAGUACCAACUCGGGGGAAUAUACGGAUCCGCUAGAGUCGGAUUUCAGUGGUGAGGAAGAAGAAGAAGAAGAAGAAGAAGAGGAUGAGGAGGUGGAGGUUAACGACGAGAAGGGAAGGUUCAGAGUGAUUAAGCCCGAGGAAGACGAAGAAGAGGAAGAGGAAGGAGAAGAUGACGACGACGACAACGACGAAAUUGAACUAGACGACGGUGACGAGAACGAAGAUCGGGAAGACGCCACCAAGGCUAGUAGACGCCGCCGUGGACAGACUAAAGACUGCCGCACAAAAAAUGGUCGACACAGGAACGCUUCCUCUGAUGAUGAUGCUCACGAUAGUGGUGAUAGUGAUGAUGAGUCUGACGAUGCUUCUGAUAAGAACAAUAAUAUCGGCGGAAUUCGUUGCAAACAACCGAGGGAGUACGAUCUGGAUGAUUUCCAGAUACUGAAAACGAUAGGUACGGGCACCUUCGGACGUGUUUGUCUUUGUCGGGACCGGCAUACGGAUAAAUACUGGGCGAUGAAAAUCCUUGCCAUGGCUGACGUAAUACGGUUGAAGCAGAUCGAACAUGUUAAAAAUGAGAAGAAUAUCCUGCAGGAAAUCGAUCAUCCCUUCAUUGUUAAUAUGCGAUGGCACAACAAGGACGACUGCUGCUUGUACAUGCUGUUUGAGUACGUCAGUGGGGGUGAACUAUUCUCCUAUCUGCGGAACGCCGGACGAUUUGACAAUACCACGGCCAACUUUUACGCGUGUGAAAUCGUUCUAGCGUUGGAGUACCUGCACACACUUUCGGUCGUUUACCGAGAUCUCAAGCCGGAAAACCUGUUGCUAGAUCGCGAUGGGCACCUUAAAAUUACCGACUUUGGAUUUGCCAAGAAACUCAAGGAUCGCACCUGGACUCUCUGUGGAACUCCGGAAUAUUUGGCUCCAGAGAUCAUUCAAUCUAAAGGCCAUAACAAAGCAGUUGACUGGUGGGCAUUAGGUAUUUUGAUUCACGAGAUGUUAGUCGGCUACCCACCAUUCUAUGACGACAAUCCGUUUGGAAUAUAUGAAAAAAUUCUCAGUGGUAAGAUUGAGUGGUCUCGCCAUAUCGAGCCGGUAGCAAAAGAUUUAAUAAAAAAGCUACUAGUACAGGAUAGGACAAAAAGAUUGGGAAACAUGAAGAAUGGUGCAGAAGAUGUCAAACGUCACCGAUGGUUCAAGCAUCUAGAUUGGGACGUCGUAAUAAAGAGACAACUUAAGCCUCCAAUAGUCCCAAAGUUUGUAAAUGAAGGCGACACCGGGAACUUUGAUGACUAUCCAGAAACCGACUGGAAAUCGGCCCGAUCUUUGGACAAGUUAGAAAUGCAACUGUUUGAAGAUUUCUAAGAACAGCCUAUACCUAAUUGUUAAAUCAUUAAAUAAUUUGUAGAGCAUAGUAAAAAUACCAGAGAUGGAUAUAUAAGCAGUAGAUAUACACGCGAUGCCCUUGAAGUGCAUACCAAUAGCUUUAAUAUUUAAGAAAUAAUCUUCUAUAAGUAGUACAUAUUUUCUGUAGAAUUGUAAUGUACUUAAAUUUUUACCAGCCGCAAAGAAUUUGGCGAGGUUCGCGUAGUCAUUGACUAAUAUCAGUGUCCUGUAGCGUUGCUACACUCCCCUCACAUUGAGAACAAUAAGAUUCACAAAAGUGUUGAUUAAAAAAUAAAAAUGGCUGUAAAUGUUUAGCUGCUCGUUUCUCUUAGAGUAGAUGAAUGUAUAUGUUAUUGUAAUAGACACUUAUGCACCAUAGUAGCAGAGAAAAAUCUAGUAACAAAAAACAAUUUUAGUAAUCUAUUACUUGGUUUAAUGGAGCAAAACUGGUUGGAUAGUUUUGAUUUCGCAACAUUUAUCGAGAAUAUGAUUCAGAAAGUUCUGCAUAUUCUUAACAACUCGUCAUACUAUUUAAUCAACCACAUACACUGUGAUAGUCAAAAUGAAGUAUCUUUACUAAAAAUACAGUAAUUGAUAGGGUGAUUGUUCUUUAUGUAUACUGAAAGAAAUUGUCUUAUGCUACUUGCAAACAUACACUAGGCUAAUGGAACACUAGUUUAAUAAAUUUUGAUGAUAGAAAUGUAAAUGUGUUAGGAAAUUAAAAUAUUUCACAAAAAAAUAAUAGUAACCCAACGGACGCCAUAUUGUUUAAAUCAGCAGAAACUCCAUCGUCCAUUUUACGUAACUGUACUGUUUCAUGUGCUCCAAUUUUGUCUGCCCAAAGACGAAUUGAUCGUAAAACUACAUAGAAACCCGUGCGUUGAGCACACAGUCGUGUCUUAAGUGAUAAUGUUUGAAAUAAAGUUGUAUAUGCAAAAUUAAAACAAA